GUGGCGAGGGGCCCGCCGCUGGGCAAAGCCGGCUGCCCUUGAGCGCCCGGGGACUGUGCUAGGGGAGGCAGCCGCGUCUAGUGGCUGGAGCUCUCUGAGCCCUGCCUGGCCUUGGGGACGUUACUUAACUGCUCCGUGCCUCAGUUUCCCCACAGGGGUUUCUGUGUGUGUCUUGUAUAGAACUGGCAUUACACAUGGACUCUGAAGGGUUUGGAGAACUUCUCCAGCAAGCAGAACAGCUUGCAGCUGAGACAGAGGGCACCUCUGAACUUCCUCAUGUAGAACGCAACCUCCAGGAGAUCCAGCAGGCCGGAGAGCGUCUGCGGUCUCGGACUCUGACCCGCACGUCGCAGGAGACCGCCGAUGUCAAGGCAUCUGUUCUUCUUGGGUCCAAAGGGCUUGACAUAUCCCAUAUCUCUCAGCGGCUGGAGAGUCUUAGUGCAGUCACUACAUUUGAGCCCCUUGAGCCUGUGAAGGACACUGACAUACAGGUAAGAGCAAUCUGUGACGUCUCCUUUCGGUUCUCCAUUGAGAACAUCUGUUCUGCCACUGAGCCAAGGACAUGUUCCCUCCACAAAGACCAACUCAUUUGCAAGGGAUUCCUGAAGAAUGAAAAAGAUAAUGCUUUGCUGUCAGCCAUUGAAGAGUCCAGGAAAAGAACCUUUGGUAUGGCUGAAGAGUACCACCGAGAAUCAAUGCUGGUCGAAUGGGAACAGGUGAAACAAAGGAUCCUUCAUACGCUACUUGCUUCAGGAGAAGAUGCUCUUGACUUUACCCAGGAAAAUGAGCCCAGUUUCAUCAGUGAGUUGGGUCCUCCAGGUCGAAGCUCUUUGGAUAGCGUGGAGAUGGCCUAUGCCCGACAAAUUUAUAUUUAUAAUGAGAAGAUAGUGAACGGACAUCUGCAGCCUAACCUGGUAGACUUUUGUGUUGCUGUUGCUGAACAGGAUGAUAAGAAUAUCUCCGAUAUGUGGGCCAUGGUUAAACUAAUGACAGAGGUAUUGCUGGUUCCUGCAAGCGAUGCGUUGAAAGUCCGGACCAACAUGGAGGUGCGCAUGGAGUUUGUAAGGCAGGCUCUGCGUUACCUAGAACAAAGUUACAAGGAUUAUACUUUGGCGACAGUCUUUGGAAACUUACACCAAGCUCAAUUGGGUGGAAUACCUGGGACCUACCAACUUGUCUGCAGUUUCCUUAAUAUCAAACUCCCAGCACCUGUCCCUGGUCUCCAGGAUGGGGAGGUGGAAGGCCAUCCUGUUUGGGCGUUGAUUUACUAUUGCAUGCGCUGCGGAGAUUUAAUCGCCGCUUUGCACGUGGUGAAUCGGGCACAGCACCAGCUGGGGGAAUUUAAAACCUGGUUCCAGGAGUAUAUCCAUAGUAAAGAUAAAAGAUUGUCCCCUACCACUGAAAACAAACUUCGCCUCCAUUACAGACGAGCCCUGAGGAACAAUACAGACCCGUACAAAAGAGCCGUUUAUUGUAUCAUAGGCCGGUGUGACAUUGCUGAUAACCAGAGUGAAGUUGCUGACAAAACAGAAGAUUAUCUUUGGCUAAAGCUGAACCAGGUGUGUUUUGAUGAUGAUGGUACCAGCUCCCCCCAGGACAGGUUAACGUUAUCGCAAUUCCAGAAACAACUGCUUGAAGACUAUGGCGAAUCGCAUUUUGCAGUGAAUCAGCAGCCUCUUCUCUACUUCCAAGUAUUGUUCUUGACAGCACAGUUUGAAGCUGCAAUUGCUUUUCUCUUCCGGAUGGAGCGCUUGCGUUGUCAUGCUGUUCACAUUGCUUUGGUCCUCUUUGAGUUAAAGCUGCUCCUGAAAUCUUCUGGGCAGAGUGCACAGCUGUUAAGUCACGAAGCCGGCGACCCUCCCGGCAUGAGGCGCCUUAAUUUUGUUCGCCUUUUGAUGCUCUACACCCGUAAAUUUGAGUCAACGGACCCAAGGGAAGCACUGCAGUAUUUUUACUUUCUCAGGAAUGAGAAGGAUAGCCAAGGGGAGAGCAUGUUCUUGCGUUGUGUUAGUGAGCUAGUAAUCGAGAGCAGAGAGUUCGAUAUGAUUCUGGGGAAGCUGGAGAAUGAUGGCAGUAGGAAGCCAGGAGUGAUAGACAAGUUUACUAGUGACACAAAACCUAUUAUUAACAAAGUUGCUUCAGCGGCAGAAAAUAAAGGAUUAUUUGAAGAAGCUGCAAAACUUUACGACCUUGCAAAGAAUCCAGAUAAGGUAUUAGAACUGAUGAAUAAAUUACUCAGUCCCGUGGUUCCACAGAUCAGCACCCCCCAGUCUAACAAAGAGAGGCUGAAGAAUAUGGCACAUUCCAUUGCAGAGAGGUAUAAAGCUCAAGGGAUAAGUACAAAGAAAUCCAUUGACUCCACAUUCUACCUUCUGUUAGACUUGAUCACAUUUUUUGAUGAAUAUCAUGCCGGUCACAUUGACAGGGCCUUUGAUAUUAUUGAACAUCUAAAACUCGUGCCCCUGAGCCAAGACUGUGUGGAAGAGAGGGUGGCUGCCUUCAGAAAUUUCAGCGAUGAAAUCAGACACAAUUUAUCUGAGGUCCUUCUUGCGACCAUGAAUAUUUUGUUCACGCAAUACAAGAGGAUGAAAGGUACAAGCCCUGCCACUCCUGCAAGACCCCAGCGUGUAAUGGAGGAUAGAGAUUCGCAACUCCGGUCCCAAGCUCGUGCACUGAUAACAUUUGCUGGGAUGAUCCCCUACAGAACGUCAGGAGACACGAAUGCAAGACUGGUGCAGAUGGAAGUCCUUAUGAAUUAGCACAGAUGCUUUCAGUUAGAACUGUAGCAUCAUCUCCUUCCUGUCAUUAGUUCUUUAAGGGCCCAAUAUCAUUUUGUAUCCUGUAUGUUUGUCGAUGAAAAUAAAUUUCUUUGGUUUA